AUGGCUGAUGUUUUAGCUGAUUUGCAGUCUAAGGGCAUUAUCAAACGAAUCUUGUAUGGAGGCGCUGGUGAUUUGCCGCAAUUCAGUGAUGGCACAAAAUUGUUCUUCCACUACCGCACCAACAAGUGUGAUGAUGAGAAGACACUUUUGGAUGACAGUAGAAAACAUGACAAACCAAUGGAGUUGAUUGUUGGUAAAAAGUUCAAACUAGAAGUUUGGGAAACUUGCCUUGUCACAAUGAGGCAGAAGGAGGUAGCCGAGUUCACAGUGUCCACUGUUCAUGCUGCCUCUUACCCAUUAGUGGCAAAGAGUUUAAGGGAUAUUUUUGAGAAAGGUGGUGCUCACUCAAAGGCACCAAAGCACUGUUGUGGUAUGAUGGCCAUGUCAGAGGAAGGAGUCGGGUACCCGGACCUCAAUGAACUCAUGAAGACACCACAGCCUCUUACAUUUACACUAGAACUACUCAAAGUUGAAAAUCCAGGGGAAUACAACAAAGAGUCUUGGGUAAUGACUGAAGAUGAGAAACUGAAAGCUAUUCCAAGUCUGAAAGAAGAGGGCAACUCCUACUACAAAGAGAAGAAUUAUACUGUGGCUGCUGAGAAGUAUGGAGAGGCCCUGGGUAUGCUGGAGCAGCUGGUACUUAAAGAGAAACCAGGAGAAAAGGAAUGGGUUGUAUUAGAAGACAUGAAGACUCCAUUUCUUUUAAACUUCGCCCAAUGUAAACUCCUUCUGAAAGAUUUUUAUCCUGUCAUAGAACACACCACCACAGUCCUAACACGAGAUCCAGAUAAUGUGAAAGCUCUGUUUCGGCGAGCCAAGGCACAUGUUGGGGCAUGGAAUCCCAAGGAAGCCAAAACUGACUUUCAGCGAGUGAUGGAGUUAGAUGAAACGUUAACAUCUGCUGUACACAGAGAAUUAAAAGCAUUAGCAGAAAAAGAGCAUCAGAAGGAUUCGGAGGACAAAGCAAAACUGAAGAAUUUGUUUAGUUGAUAACCUAGAAAUGAUAUUUUAGAUAGUUAAGUGAUAGAGAAGUUUUUAAUAUACACAUAGUAUUAUACAUGUAGCCAGAAAGCCAAAAGAAUGACAAUUCUAGGGUCUUAUUUGAAUCACCAUAUGAUACAGGGUUUAUGAAACAAGUCGUAGAAUUUUUAAUUUUAUGUGCCUUUGGUGAGCUAGAAUAAAAAAUUGUGAUAAGUUUCAAAAAACCAUGUAGUAAAUGGAAACAAAUUUAAGAUCUUUUUUCUUACAUAAUCAAUUAUUCUGGCAGCUGUCGUAGAUAAAGGACAUUUCCACAUCAAACUUGAAGUCAUUUCAUAUCCGUAAAUAUGGUCACUAUUCUUGUAUCACAGUGCAAUCUGUGAUCAUUUGACAUCAUUUCAUUCUCUGAACCUAAUAUCACGACAGGCUGUGACGUGGGUAUAUUCACCAAGUCAAUCAUAUGAUCAGUGUAUAUAAGGUCUUCUGUAUACUGAUCAUUGAUCUAGAAAUGACUUCAAAUUUACAAAUUAUGAGCUGUUAGAGACAUGGACUCUGACACUCAGAUAUUGGUAACCAAGUCAAAAUGGAUGUCAUCUAGUCUUAUUUUUGUACAAAUAGUUGCGAAGGAUUUAAAUGCAUGAUUCACUCUCCUUACAUGGCAAUGCAAAAUAAAUUCCAAACACAAUAUAUAUAUAUGUAAUUUAAAAAGAUAAAAACUUUGUGUAUGGUAUAUACAGCGAAAAUUAAUCACUUAACAUGACAAACAAGUUAAGUGUUUAAUUUUCUCUCUAUAUAUAUGUGAUUUAAAGUACCAUUACACAGCCUGUGCAAUCAGAGUGGAUUGGAUUUAUUGAGAAUGUUUGGAAAAUGCUAUCAAAAGCAGUGGUAUUUUUGAUUGGUUGUCCUUUUUUCAAUAGACUCAUUUCUUCAUCAGUAAUAGGUCAACUGGAGGACCUAGGAUUGGCUUUAAAUGCUUUACUUUUUAUAUGAUAUUGUCAUUUGGUUUUAACUAUCUGCAAUAAAACUUGAAUGAGUUUUCCUGAAACAAACAAAGCUAACUAAGUAGAAGUUGAUUAUUUGUGGAGAGUAUGAAAGUACGAAAAAGAAAAAACCAAUAUUUCACUAUUCUUGAUUGAUUUUGUCAUUAUGUCAGUAAUACGUGUGAUUUAAACAUAUCUUAUUUGUCGUAUAACAAAAAGGAUUAGGCACAAGUUGUCACAUCUUAAAAACGCCUUCUCCAAAAGAUUUCACAAGUUAAGUAAUACGUGUAUUGUUAACAAGUAAAUCUUGAAAUUUCCAAGAUAUUUAUUUCUCAAACAUGCUUUUCAAAUGGCUGAAGUACAUGUUUUUUAUCAGGUAAAAAGAUUUUUAAAAAAUCAUUUUUCAAUUAGUUAAUGUUAAUGUUGUUUGCAUGUUUUAAUUAUUUUAA